GCCCCUCCCUCAUGUCUCACAGGUUCGUGACGGUGCGGCGUGGCAGCCCAGCGGCGCGCUGCGGCCAGAUCCAGCCUGGAGACCAGCUGGAGGAGGUGGAGGGUCGCCCCGUCAGCGGGCUGCACCACCGAGACCUGGCCCAGAUCCUCAGGAGGGCGGGGAACACGCUGAGGCUGAGCGUCACUCCCCAACACCAAGGCGCCGCUCCCUCAGAGGGGGUGGAGCUCGACAUCGAUGGAAGCUCGAUUAAAGGAUCCAACCAAAGGUCAAAGGACAAGUCCAGGUUCUACAGCGUGGAGCUGGAGCGAGGACCCACGGGGUUCGGCUUCUCUCUGAGGGGGGGGAGCGAGUACAACAUGGGCUUGUAUGUGCUGGGGCUGAUGGAUGGGGGGCCCGCCCAACGCAGCAACAGGAUCAAAGUCUCUGACCAGCUGGUGGAGAUCAACAGCGAGAGUACGGCGGGAAUGACCCACAGUCAGGCCGUGGAGCAGAUCCGCAGGGGGGGGCAGCGCAUCCGCCUCGUCCUGAAGAAGGGAAACGGAUACGUGCCAGACUACGACCCUGAAACAGGAGUCCUCUCCCUUCCCUCCUUCUCCUCAACAAACAAGGAGCAGCGCGUGGUUUCCAUGACGACUGCGUCUCUGAGCCGCCAGCCAAGAGGGGGAGGAGAGAGGGGGGGGACGGGGAGAGAGAUGGAAGCAAACCGAAGAACAAGAGGAAGAAGAGCAGAGUCGGGGGCCCCCGCCCUGGACCUGGACCGUGUGGAGCAGGAGGUGACGAGGAAGGAGGAGGAGGCUGAGAGGAGGAGGAAGAAGGAGAGAAGGAGCGCCAGGCUCAUCAAACAGGAGGAGCUGGAGGAGAAGAACCUCCCCAGGAAUAGAGCAGCAUCGCUGGGCUCCAAGAUGGCAGAAAGCUCGGGGGGCGGAGCCAGCAAGAGAAGGAGCAAAGCGAGGAGCAGGAGGAGCGGGGAGGAGGACGAGAACGCCACUGUCAGCCACCACAGCUCUAGCCGCCACGCAAAGCAUUCUGGGAGCUUGGGCGGAGCCCAGCACUCAGUGUUCUCCUUCCUCAUGCCCAUGACUGAUCGGUUAGACAGCGAAUCAGCUUGCAGCUUCUCAGAGGUCAGCCUAUCAACAGCCAGCGUUUCCACAUGGAGGAGGGAGGAGUCACCGGGGCGCCCGGAGAGCGUGCCUGGACCCUGGCUCAAACCAAACGGUCAGAAGUUGACCCGGGUCCUGAGUGGCAGUCGACCUGCUCCACGGGGACUAGCAGCGUUCUGAUUGGUCGGCAGGUCGACUUCCUGUUUUCAUUUGCUGAAUUUUCUACCGGUUCCAUAUAAGGGCUUUGCUGUUUGUUCGGCAAGAGAAACUCCGCCUCUUCAAGGAACGUUUUUUUCCAUUGUUCAUCACCUCCAUCCUACCCAUCAUGCCUCAGCCAGCAGGAGCUGGCCGUAGGUCUCCAUGGAAACCAGGACCGCCUCCAGACCCCGUUACCGGGAUCCCAGCGAGGGAAUGGAUCCGACUGCAGCGGAUUCUCCGUUCCUUUGGUGGAAAGAAUGCCAAGUCGUCCUUCGCUUCACCAUUUAAAGACCGAACCAGAAACGCCUAAAUACCUACAGUCUCAGCGAUACUACGAACAUUUUGGUAGCACAACGUACCAAAGUGUGUUUGUCUGGAGGCUGGACCAGCAGGACCUCCGGUACCUGAGCUGUUCCUGAACCACUAAGCUCUAAGCCAUCUCUGUGAUCAUCCUCACCUGCAUCCUUUAGUAUUGUAUGCAAAAAAUGACUGAGUCCUGACUGAGCAUGUGAAUAUUACUGGAAUGAUUUUUUAUUUUUAUAAAGUGUAACAUGUAAAGAAACCACACGGUGCAGCUGACAUGAGAGGACAGCGACCUCUGAGUGUGACGGAACGCAUUCUGCCUGCUUUGCCUGUAACAAUGAGAAAAUCUUCACAAUGAUGAUGCAAAGCCAUACACACACACACACACACACACACACACAGAUGUCAGGUCCAGCUACUGACUCCACCAUCGCCAUGGCAACCUGACCCCUGCACAGCAACAGGAGGAAAUACAGCUCUGGACCAGAACAAGUGCCUCCUUCUGUGCUGUCCCACAAUCAGUUUGAGCUUGAACGGCACUCUGGCCCGACCCGCCACGCGGAGCCCCGCCCCCCAGACCCGUUUCUAUGGGUCAGGUGGAACCUCAUCUGUUUAAAGUCUGUCAGUAAGAAGCCAAAAUGAAACUUAAUAAAAAAAAGUUUGUGUACGUGUGCACACAGAAAUCUGACCCAUUAUUAUUAUUGAUCAUUUUCCUCUCUUGAUUUUUGUCCUACAUUGGAGUUCUUCAGGUUUAGCUCUGUUCAUGUUUCCAUAACGCAGUUCUCGAGAAAUCUCAGCGUCCCACAAACCCCGGCUCUGCACAAGUUUUUUAUUUUUUUAAUUGGCAUGUAAACAGCAAAAUGUUACAGAAAACAGAAGCCUCUGAAUAAAUGGAAGGAUACGUCCA